GGUGAGUGCAAAAGAUACAUGAAUAUGAGGUAUCAAACUGAGACUUAGAUGUUCCUUUUAAGUGGCUGCUCAUUUCCUUGAGCCAUAACAUGGGCUAAAGGUUAACUUGCACAUUCUCCGUGGAAGAACGAUUUCUUUUUUGGGAAGGGAGAAGGUGGGGAAAGGGUGUUGUUUCAUAUUCUUUCCUACCUAUAGACUAAAUGUGCUGUACAGUGUUGUUCAUGCAGAUUUCUUUUUUUUUUCCCCACUGGAUUAUUUGCUAAUCAGACUUCAGUGCAGUGGAGGUAAGAGAGAGAGACCGCUGCCUGGCUAGGAGGCUUUGCUGAGCGCCCGGGAGCCGAGGACCGGAGCCGGCGGCGGCGGCUGCUCCCCGGCUCUCGGCGCCUCCUCGCCGGGGUCUUCCCGCGCCGCCGAUGGGCCUGGCGGGCCGGAGCUGUCCGCGGUGCUAGGAUGCCGGCCGCGCGGGCGGGCAGGGCAGCCGGAUCGCAGCCGCGGCGGAGCCCCCCAGCCCUGCUGGCACCCGAAGGUAGGCUCGCUCUUUGUUUGAGAAUCCCUGAUUAAUCAACAGCAGCAUCAACAGACUGAGGCAGCUGGAGAGAGCAAGCCUGCCUGUAGUCACGGGGGAGAGAGAGACGAUGCCACAAGCUAGACUGUCUCAGACCUUCUGUAUCUAAGUGGCAAUGAGAGAGCGAGCGUCUUUCCUGCCGCAAGAAGCCAUUCGGAUAGGACGUUUUCUAUUCCUUAUAUUCCUUUCUUUUUGUCUCCACAGAACAUAUUCAAAUGAGGCACCUUAGCAAUCUCUGUGUUAGUGCAUAUGAUGGUGCUGUAAUCUUCUGUGUUGUAAAGUGGGUAAAAAUCAUCCAGUUUCUUCUCUGUUGGACCUCAAAGCAGGGUGUCGUUUAUACCCUCCCAUUAUCUGUACCCUCUCUUCUCUGAAUGUGGAUUUAAAGAAGCAAGCACCUGUCUUCUCUUGCCACUGCAUUUUAAAAGCCAAACUUUCCUUGCCAUUUUAAUUGUAUGUUGAGAAGAUACGUAACAUAACACACUGACUUCUAGCGAUGCUGAAUUCUACAAUCUGGGCAGUUUUGCCAACAAGAUUUAAUGCACUUUAACUGAAGAAAAAAACUGAGCCUGACUGCAAAUCUGUUUCUUAUGGUGCUGAAAUAUCCCUUCCGACUGCACUGAGAUAACCACAGGAAAGGGCUUUUACGGGCAAAAGUCACCUUUGAUUGUUGCACUUAACAGUCCCCGUGGACUUAAAUUUUGGGAACGUUGCUUUCCUUUGUUCAUUAUCUCCGGCAAGAUGAUGAGUUCUAAUCAGGAGGAGGUCACUUUGGGCGCUUUUCUCCAGUAUAUUGAAGAUAUGGGUAUGAAGGCCUAUGAUGGCUUGGUUAUACAGAAUGCAUCAGACAUUGCUCGAGAGAAUGAUCGCAUGAGGAAUGAAACAAACCUGGCUUACUUGAAAGAAAAGAGUGAAAAACGCCGAAAACAAGAAGAAGCAAUAAAACGCAUAGGUGGAGAAGUAGUGAGAGGAAAUGAAGGAAGCUACGUGGGGAAACAUUUCCGCAUGGGGUUUAUGACGAUGCCUGCUCCUCAGGACAGACUGCCACAUCCUUGCUCCAGUGGCUUUGCCGUGAGAUCCCAGUCUCUUCAUUCUGUUGGAGGAACCGAUGAUGAAAGUAGCAGCUCUCGUAAGCAGCCACCACCAAAACCUAAGCGAGACCCCAACACCAAACUGAGCACCUCAUCUGAAACAGUCAACACUGCAACAACAAGUAAGAGUGGGAAACUACCGGACAGGACUGAAGUGUCAGCCAAACCAAGACCUCACAGUGAUGAAUAUACAAAGAAGAUUCCACCUCCUAAGCCGAAACGAAAUCCAAACACUCAACUAAGCACAUCUUUUGAUGAAACCUAUAUCAAAAAGCAUGGCCCCAUGAAGACAACACUCACUAGGGAUGCCUCUUUAUCGCAGGUCAGCAGUCCUGCCCCAGACACAGAGGAAGAAGAGCCUGUUUAUAUUGAAAUGGUUGGGAAUAUACUCAGAGACUUCAAAAAAGAUGAGGAUGACCAAAGUGAGGCAGUCUAUGAGGAGAUGAAAUACCCUAUAUUUGAUGAUGUAGGCCAAGAUUCAAAAUGUCAGUGCGAAUAUGACCAUCACACUUGUUCUCAAUGUGCUACUCCCACAGUGCCUGACCUAGAUUUCACCAAGUCUUCAGUGCCAUCUACUCCCAAGGGCUUGCUUUGUGAUAUACCCCCACCAUUUCCAAAUCUACUUUCUCACAGACCUCCACUGCUGGUGUUCCCACCAGCACCAGUGCAGUGUUCCCCGAAUUCUGAUGAGUCUCCUCUAACUCCACUAGAGGUCACAAAGCUUCCUGUUUUAGAAAAUGUGUCUUACAUCAAACAACAAGCUGGAGCUUCUCCAUCUUCACUGCCACCUCAUACACCAGGCCAUCAAAAACUGGAGAAAGACCAGACAGUGUCUCAUGGAACUACCACCCCUGGGCACACCUCCUCACCUCCUCACCCUUCCACCUUAUACAGAACACAGUCUCCACAUGGUUAUCCUAAAAGUCACUCUGCCUCGCCUUCUCCUGUCAGUAUGGGUAGGUCUCUUACCCCCUUAAGCCUCAAAAGACCUCCACCUUAUGACUCUGUACAUUCAGGAAGUCUCUCAAGAAGCUCUCCAUCAGUGCCUCAUUCUACAGCCAGAAACACAUUGCAAGAAGGAGGAAAGAUGGUAAAUGCCUCGGUCAAUACCUACGGGUCAUCAUCUCAGAGCAGUUCACGUUCUCGGACACCCACCAGUCCUCUGGAGGAACUAACCAGCCUCUUUACUUCAGGACGAAGUCUCCUGAGGAAGUCCUCCAGUGGCAGAAGAUCUAAGGAACCUGCAGAAAAACCACUGGAUGAGCUGAAGAUCAGAAGUCACAGCACUGAACCACUACCAAAGCUGGAAAACAAAGAGAGGGGAGGCCAUCACGGGACAGCUUCCUCCAGGGAGCCAGUCAAAGCUCAGGAAUGGGAUGGCACGCCAGGGCCGCCAGUUGUAUCCAGCAGGCUGGGGAGAUCCUCUGUCAGUCCAACCAUGUUGGCUGGAAGCAACAGCUCAGAGCCUAAAGCAAGUUGCAGAUUAGGUCGGUCUGCGUCCACUUCAGGUGUGCCUCCUCCAUCCGUUACUCCGCUCAGGCCAGCCAGUGAUCUUCAGCCGAGCCAGGUGACAUGUAUGCAGUGGUUGCAAGGGGAUCAUACAAUGCUGGAUAUGAUUGAGAAAAAACGUUGCCUCUGCAAAGAAAUAAAAGCUCGACAGAAAUCAGAAAAAGGACUCUGCAAACAGGACAGCAUGCCUAUUUUGCCAAGCUGGAAAAAGAAUACUGGGACCAAGAAAUACAGCCCUCCUCCUUAUUCCAAACAACAAACUGUUUUCUGGGACACUGCAAUUUGACAGGCGUCUGGAGGAUGCCCUCGCCACUGUGCUGCGCCGUGCACAGGUAGCCUGCUUUCUUAAUAAGGCAAAGGCUCUAACAUAAGACUUACCUACAGGUGUGAACUUCCUAGGAAAAAGCACACCAAUACAGUGCUCACCUGUCAAUCAAGAGAGAGAUUUAAAUUUCCGACUGGAUUAAGGCAUACAUAUUUAUCCAGGAUUUUUUUGGAUCCGGAAGAUAUCAAAAUGUAAAUAUUUUGCCAAUAUAUUGAAAACACCCAAACUAAUACACUGUUUAAAUAUAUAUAUAUAAAUAAAUUCAAAAUUUAUGAAGAAUUUUACUAUAUAAUGUUACUGUUACACUGUUUUAUUAACUAUUUUCUAUGUGGUACCCUAAUGUUCCCUCCACCACCACCAUUUUAUUUCUCUUCCCUGCCUAGAUUUGGCCUCUGUACAAAAGCGUGUGGUUGUACGUUUUGUUUAACAGUACGAUGUACAGACGACUGGUGCUAGGGCUGUAGAAGUUAACUAGAGUCGUGCUCGUUAGACAUCCGUGGCUUUUGGAUGGGGGGAAGGUUGGAGAGGGGACACUUUCGGUGGGAAAUAAUAGAGCUGCAAACAAUGCAAAUAAAAGUGCUUAAGGUGAAUGUCCAAAUGGCAUUUAACAUAUGAAGUGUUCUGCGCAAGUUCUCUCGUAAAGCUACUCUUUUAAAUUGCCCUUCGUUUUAUACUAAUCAGUUAUUAAAAUCUCCAGCUAUAACUAUUUAGACAAGAAAGGAAAAAAAUUUCGGCAGAAAAGCCUGCAGCAGAAACCCUUCCUUCCUUACGCUCAGCUGGCUAGCGGAGACCAUGGUUCACUGUGACUAAGCACUGUACAACCCGUGACGAAGAGAGCACCAGGCAUUUAGCAGGUUAAGGCAGGGGCUCUGCAGCCACCAUUCCUGUCCACAAUUGUCUUUGGUCCAGAAAAUAAAGGUGACAUGUUUACAUGUUUAUUAUUUUUAAAUCCAGCAACACUUCCUUACUUUGUGCUGUGUCAGGUUACCUUGCGUUGUUGGUAAAGGCUGGAAUUCAGACCCCUCGAAAGCUCUAGGGAAAUGUCUCUGGAUUUCACGUGGUUUUGGAGCAGAGGCCAACACAGCACGUCCUCCCACGUGUGCCACUUCUUCUUCCUGGCUGCUUAUACAAUUGGCUAACAAUCCUUUAUCACACCCAUUUUAGCAGAAUAUUGUGUCAUGACCAAAGAAUUAUGACCUCCUGGUUUUAACAGGAGAAAGAGAUGGUUUAUACUGAUUAUGAGGGUGAAAUCCAUGCAGUGAAAUAUCUUCCAAAAGGGUCUGUUGAGAAUGAGGGAAACCUGUACUGCUAUGGAGUAGGAAAAAAAAAAAGAUCUACGGCAUAUAUUUUGUGUAUUUAAAUUUCUAUCUAUGCGUCUGAAAUUUGGUAGCACGGAAGUCCCUCUUUUAAACAAUCAUUUUAAUAUUAUUUUCUCUGAGAAGAAAAGAUGUGUUGUUUGCAACUUCUUGUUAUAUUGGCUUUUCUUUGAAAUUAUAUUGACAGAAAUGCCACAGGUAUAAUUGCUGAUCAAAAAAACCAAAAAUAACAAAUUUUAGAAGGUUUUUGUAAUCUAUAUUGCUAAGUUUGAGUAAUGCUUUAUCAGUAGUAGUUUCUUUUCAGCCUCUAAAAUAAUAAUAAAGUUUUUAAAUAUUUUAUAACCAACUAAUGUAUAUUUUGAUGUCCAAACUGAGAUUUCUGUAAAAGAUAAAGUGUGUGUUUAUAUGUGUGUAUGUAUAUUAGCAUUAUUGUAUAUGUAUAUAUGCAUAUGUAUACACACAUAUAUAUGUAUAUAUGCAUGGAUCUUUCUCUAUUUACCCACAGAUGUGUGCAUACGUAUAUACCCACAUAUAUUGAAUAUUUGUGUGUAUUGUGAAUAUACAGUGGCUGGAAUGGGUACGCAGUUGAAAUACAGAUUUAAAGAACCCCUCACAGCCCGAAUGACGGAGGAAAUAAAAAAUAACAGAGGCUGUGAAGGUAUCUUUGAAUACGUGAUGCAACCAAAAGACACCAACUGUAUAUUCUGCUUAUUCUUUUUUUUUUUUAAAGAAAGAAAAUGGCAGAAGAAAAACUCAAGAGAUCUCGCAAAGUUCCAGAAUCUGCUGGAAAGAAGACGACUUGUUGGUCGUGAGAAAUCUGUUGAGAUAACAGGUUCAUUAUUCAGAAAGUGUUUAUGCGUUGUCUUCCUUGUUAUGUGGCAAGAGAAGAGCUUCUUGCAACCACGUGCGAAAUACUGGAGUGGCCCCUUGCGGCAGCGGGUGCUGCCCGGCGCGCUGCCUCGCCGAGCCCCAGCGAAGCGGGCGCAUGGGCGCCGCGCUUUCAGAUCUCUCGGGGCAAUGCAAACGUUCACGUGAACACUUAAGCAUUUAAUACUGUUUGUUCCGAUUGUAUCCUUUUCAUAUCAAUACGUAAUAGGAAUAAUUAUCAGGGAAUCGAAGCAUUCUUGUCGUAAGCAGGCUUGCGUGUGCAUUUAGGCUGCCGUAAAAGCCGCUUGGUGUUUUGCUUUCCUUGCUCAACACUGUUGAUGUUGUCCUCUCUACGUAACUGCCCAUGUGCUUCCAGAUCUCCGUUGUGUCCCAUGGAAACAAUGGCUUAUUGUUUUAAAGUGCGACAGUACAUGAAAAAGUAAAAUAUGACUUAGCACUUAACCGUCAAAGCACUUUAGAAAUGUGAGUUUAGCCUGAUGCCUGUGAAAAUCGUUUUACAGAGAAGGGCAGCGAGGCUCCGGCGGAGCAGAUUUCCAAAGGUCGCUGCCGGAGCCGGAGCGGGAGGCCCGCCGCCGCGCUGUCCUGCGGCUGUCGCACCGCGCCGUUGCUCGAGCACAGGCGCGCCGUCCUGCAGAGAGUGCCACCGACAUGCUGCUUAAACAUUUUCUACGGCACCUAUUGUCUCAGCAGUUUCUGUGUCACAGGGUGAAUGACAGUGCUUAGUAACACACGGUCAUUAAAGCUGUAGUCUGUAUAAAUAUGCAAUCUGUAUAUACAUACAGAUCACAUAUAUACACACACUUGCGAAGACUGUAUAUAUGAAAUUGUUUGGUAUGCACUUAUUUUGCUUUAAACUCCUGAAGUUAAACAUUAUAGUGUAGCAAUUUGUGUAAAGUGCACUGUGAUUUCAAGAAAGCACAGUAAAGUCACAGGUCUUGUUAUUCUUGCACUAAAAAUGUGUUUACGUAUAUUAGCCAAUGUAUGUCUACUUUAUUGCUCCUUUUGACAAAUUAAAGCAAAUGGUAUAAAAUGGUAUGGGGUUUUUUGGUUUGGGGUUUUUUUUUUAGUGGACAAUGGCACUAUGUUUUUAAAUGACAGGGUUUUUAAAUAAAAAGAAAUCAUUCUGUGUUCAUUCCAAUGUAAUGCAUUUACCAAUAUCUUAAAAUUGAAUGUCAUGUUGCUUUUUUCAUAUUUCAUUAGAAAUUGUCAGGUAUGUGCCUGAGAUUGUGUAGGAGUAAGGAGUAGCUAGAGGCUAAC